AUGGCAAAGCAACACCCUCACAAGGAUAAAGGAACUGCUCUCUGGAAAACUCAUUUGUUGAACCUGGCAAGUUUGAACCAACGGGCGCCUAAAGCUGGUAUCAACAUUCUCCUGCAAAGGUUCACCCUUCCUCCGGAGCCCUCAUAUUACAAGCGUGUUUCCACUGUCCAUGAACAUGGUGGCUACGGAUCCACUGGCUACCGUGCGCCUUGGUCACACGAAGAGUCUAGUAAACUUCUUUUGCGAACGCACACCACCGCAUCUUCCACAUUCAUGCUGUACAAACUCGCCGCUCGCUGUCGCGGAGAAGAGGUCGAAGGAGACGAAAAUGAGUUUACACAUGGCGCAAAGGCUACUCCUAACCUUGGUGAAACUUCUGCAGACGAUGGUUUUCGACCUGCAAAGCUAUUCAGUAUCGAUCGGGUCUUCAGAAAUGAAACGAUGGACGCUACGCAUCUGGCCGAAUUCCAUCAAGUAGAAGGGGUCGUCGCGGACAGAGGACUAACUCUCGCUGACUUGAUCGGUUUCAUGAGAGUCUUUUUCAAAAAAAUGGGUAUAGAAAAAGUGCGCUUCAAACCAGCAUACAAUCCUUAUACAGAGCCUUCGCUCGAAAUCUCGCUUUCCAUCCCAUGCUCAACAAAUGGGUCGAGGUCGGCAACAGUGAUACCCGUCUUUGUCGCCCUGAACCUGUCCUACCCUGGUUCUUCCUCUCCUUCAGCCCCACGACCCACUUCUCGUCGUAACCAGAAGUGA